AUGACUGCCACUAACGUAACUAACGUUGCGGUCACCAGAGCGCAUGACUUUCUCAAAUUUGUCAACGCCUCUCCUACGCCCUAUCAUGCAGUUCAGACGGCGAUAAAUCGUCUCACAGCCUCUGGCUUUUCGGAAAUUCGGGAACGUGACUCAUGGUCUUCCCUGCAGCCUGGAGGCAAAUAUUAUCUGACUCGGAAUGGUUCCUCUAUCGUUGCCUUCGCCAUAGGUAGCCAGUGGAAGCCAGGAAAUUCCAUAUCUAUGAUUGGCGCCCAUACGGACUCCCCAUGUCUGCGGAUUAAGCCAAUAUCCAAGAAGACAGGAUCUGGAUUUCUACAGGUUGGCGUUGAGACGUAUGGUGGUGGUAUCUGGCACACCUGGUUUGACCGGGAUCUUAGCAUUGCUGGUCGAGCCAUGUGUAAGGAUAGCAAGGGGAACUUCAUGCAACGUCUUGUGAAGGUCAAUCGACCAAUUUUACGCAUACCGACACUCGCUAUCCAUCUCGAUCGGAGUACCAGUUUUGAGCCCAACAAAGAAACUGAGCUCUUUCCUAUCGCUGGAUUAGUCGCGGCCGAACUAAAUAGAACCGGCAAGGAUGAAAAAGAGCUCACGGUCGACCAAGCGGAAGGCGGAGAGUUUAAGCCACUGAAGCCUCUAAAAGACCGUCAUCAUCCUUUUAUCGUGGAAUUGAUUGCACAGCAUGCUGGAGUCACAGUGGAAGAGUUGAUAGACUUUGAAAUGGUACUAUACGAUACGCAGCAAGCAUGUAUUGGGGGGAUCAAUGACGAGUUGAUCUUCUCACCACGGCUGGACAAUCUAGGCAUGACCUUUUGUGCUAUAGAAGGACUUAUCGAAUCUGUUGCCUUACCAUGUGCAUUAGAGAAAGAACCUUCAAUUCGGCUAUCCGUUUGUUUUGAUCAUGAAGAAAUUGGCAGCACCUCCGCUCAAGGUGCUGCUUCAAAUCUUCUACCUGCUAUUUUGCGCCGGCUUUCAGUCAUUCCCUCUCAUUCCCAGAGCUCUUCAGAUAAAUCUUGUGGGGAGCUUUCUACCCAUGAAACACUUAAUCUUGAAGUAAACACAGCCUAUGAACAAACACUCUCGACGUCCUUCCUUAUCUCCGCCGAUAUGGCUCAUUCUGUCAACCCAAAUUACGCGCAAAAAUAUGAGACUGAUCAUCGACCCGAGCUUAAUAAGGGUACUGUCAUCAAAAUAAAUGCUAACCAACGCUAUGCGACCAAUUCCCCAGGGAUCGUUCUCCUUCAGGAGGUUGCUCGCCGUGCUAAAUUUUCUCCCCACGUCGCCAACCCAACCGGUGUUCCAUUACAGUUAUUUGUCGUCCGUAACGACUCGCCCUGCGGGAGUACCAUCGGGCCAAUGCUCUCCGCUUCUCUCGGCGUCCGCACUCUUGACCUAGGAAAUCCACAGCUUUCCAUGCACAGUAUCCGUGAAACUGGUGGAGUGUAUGAUGUGGAGCAUGGAGUGAGGUUAUUUGAGAGCUUCUUCACCAAUUUUUCCGAGUUGGAGAGUCGCAUUCUAGUUGACUAG